AUGGCCAACCGCGGGAGAACCCUCGACCAACACGUUUAUAGCAUCAGGGACCUCGCUGUACAUGGAUCUGCAAACAUGGACAAGACAACUAGAGCAAUCUGCCCUGGCUGGAUUCCCUUCGAGACAACCCAGCUGACAUCCGGUUCGGCAGAGUAUUACAACGAGGGAGCCAUGGAUCUGAACACCUUGCACUGGAACGAAUCAGCGUAUGAUCGGUACAUGAUCCGACCGCGCGUUCUGCGUGAUCUCUCAAAACUGGAUCCUAGUGCUCACAUUCUGGGAUCCAAGGUCAAAUUCCCGUUUGGCUUUUCCCCUACAGCAAUGCAAACCUUCGCCCACCCUGAAGGUGAAAUUGCCACGUCCAAAGCAUGCGCCGCCUCCGACACACUGAUGGCGCUUUCAAAUUACUCAACAAUUAGACUCGAAGAUGUCAUUGCCGAAGGCAAAGAGAACCCUUACGUUAUGCAAAUGAGUCUACUCAGAAACAAAUCAGCGAUGAUCCAGAUGAUCACGCGUGCAGGAGCUGCUGGCUUCAAAGCACUGUUUGUGACCCUUGAUUGCCCUCAUCUGGGGCGGAGACUGAACGAAUUCCGGAACAAGUUCGGAGUCCCCCAGGGCAUGGAAUAUGCCAACCUUUUUCCAGGCGUAGAUGUGACUAAUUUGGAAAAUGGCGACGAGACAAUGGCCUACGACGAGACUCUUGAAUGGCCUGAUUUUAUGCCUUUUUUCCGAAAGCACACCGAAAUGCAGAUUUGGGGCAAAGGAAUAUACACUGCAGCAGAUGCAAAGCUUGCGAUCGAGCACGGAUUCGAUGGCAUCAUCGUCUCAAACCACGGUGGCCGCCAGCUGGACGGUGUCCCUUCGUCACUCGAUGCUCUCCGGGAAGUUGCCCCUGUUGCAAAGGGCAAAAUCCCGAUCGCGGUGGAUGGUGGUAUUCGUCGUGGUACAGAUAUUUUCAAAGCCUUGGCUCUGGGAGCUGAUUUUUGCCUUGCCGGCCGACCGGCUAUUUGGGGGCUCGCGUACAACGGAGCAGAUGGGGUCAAGCUGGCUCUCGAUCUGCUUUACGAUGAAUUCAGGACAUGCAUGGCGCUUUCUGGUUGUCGAAACGUGUCAGAGAUCACCAGCGAGAGUAUUUCGCUUUUGCAACCCGACGGUCGCUUGUCCAAGCUAUAG